UAAUGAAGGAGCCGGGCACUCUCAGCGCACAGAGAGCAAAAUACUCCGCGCAGUUUGUCGCAAUUUCACAGAACUGGUAUCCUCGUCUGCUUCACCUCCGCAAUUGCAGAUCGAACGCCACUGUGUCAGAAAUGCGAACAAAGAAAGAAAAUAGUGUGGGCAAAUAGGAAAAGGAACAUCAAUCAGGGACGCUAGAUUACAGAUAGUUUCAAUAACCCGAAUGUACAUCUGUCAAGAUUCAUAUGCUGAUGAGCAUAUGCAGAUAUAUGGAUUUCUUUCUAAGGGAUCGUGAGGAUUUCUUAAGCAUCUGGAUAAAAAGCGAACAGGACACUUUAUUCAAUGGUCGAUUGAAAAGCAGUGCGUCGGUAUACUCUGGACGUAAAAUGAAGAUUUGGACAGAGGACAGAAAUUCUAUCGAAUCGCGCUGAAAAGGGGAAACUUGCCUUGGUAGAAAUGUGGCUAUAGCAAGUGUUGUGAUACAUUGUAUCAACAUAAGGAGAUUUAUUGGAGUCGUUUUCUGGGAAACCAACGCAUGACAGCAGAACGAUAUAAUAAUCAUUAUCAUACACUAACGAGUUUCCUUCUUCGUUAAAUAUCGUGCAUGAAUUGUUAUUGAUAGACUAGGCUACAUGUUUACAUUCUAGCCUAUAGGUGCAGCAUCGAUGUUGUAAAUAUUGGUAGACUACAAUGUCACGUGAAAUUGACUGAAUAGUAAUGCAUAUUUCUAGAAUCUCACAGAAACCAUGCUAUCUGUACUGAUUGUGGCAGCGCUGUCAUUCAAGUGUAAUUUAACACUUGGUAGGAGGCGAAACCACGUUCUCUGACUCGCAACAUAAAUAUUGUGAACAUCUGAAUCGUAACAAAAGACGCGUGUUUCUUCCAGUUUUUGUUUAACGAAUUUUUAAGUUUGAUUGGACUACGAAAAACGCUAAGAAUGUCGACAGUAAUGGUGGCAAAGAAGGUAAAACGAAAAUGGGAAAAUCUCCCAGGCAAGAACACUUUCUGCUGCGAUGGACGUGUGAUGAUGGCAAGACAGAAAGGCGUCUUCUAUCUGACCUUAUUUUUAAUCGUCGGGACCUGCGCUCUGUUUUUUGCAUUCGAGUGCCCAUACCUGGCUGUCAACCUGUCCCCCGCCAUCCCUGCAGUUGGAGCCGUGCUCUUCCUGUUUGUGGUGGCUAUGUUGUUCAGGACCAGCUUCAGUGAUCCUGGCGUGCUGCCUCGUGCUCUGCCAGAAGAGGCCACCUUCAUUGAGAUGGAGAUUGAGGCGGCUAAUGGGAACGUCCCGCCAGGGCAGCGCCCCCCUCCCCGCAUCAGGAACGUUCAGAUCAACAACCAGAUCGUGAAGCUCAAGUACUGCUACACCUGCAAGAUCUUUCGCCCUCCUCGAGCGUCCCACUGCAGCAUCUGUGACAACUGCGUGGAGCGCUUUGAUCACCACUGUCCCUGGGUAGGGAACUGCGUGGGCAAGAGAAACUACCGCUACUUCUACCUGUUCACCUUGUCGCUUUCGCUGCUCACCAUCUUCAUCUUCGCCUUCGACAUUGUCCACAUGGUGAUGCGUUCUGUGGACUCUGGUUUUGUGGGUGCACUUAAGCAGACUCCUGGAACGGUGGUGGAGGUGGUGGUCUGUUUCUUCACCUUAUGGUCUGUGGUAGGACUGACUGGAUUCCACACCUACCUGAUCUCCCUCAACCAAACCACCAAUGAAGACAUCAAAGGUUCAUGGUCAGGCAAAAAUCGAGUCCAGAACCCCUACAGUCACAGGAACUUCAUGAAGAACUGUUGCGAGGUGUUGUGUGGACCUGUGCACCCCAGUGUUCUGGACAGAAGAGGCCUGAUGCUUGAGGGGUUGCCCGGCUCAACCAAUCCCACGGCUGCUCUAACACACGUCAGCAAAAGCAAAAACCCUGAGGCACAGCCCACAAAAACCAAAGCAGAGCACGGUCCUGAUGAUGAUGUCAAGCCUGACGUCAGCACUUCGACUACGGACAUAUCCGGCCUCGAGAAGAGCCCUUCCUCCUCUGAGAUGUUACCCUCUCCCCAGGACCUGCCUCCUGAGCCACCGAGAGACAACACAGACUGUGCUCCAGACAAAGAGGACACCUACUAGCAGGAUCGGGAAGGGGAGUCCCUCUACAGCAUUGCUUGGGAUCCCAGGAAAGCCACUGUAUGAAACUACUGAGGAUGCUCUGUUUUGCAGUAUUAGGCCUGUGGUGGUGGUGGUGGGGGGCACUUUCCCAUCUUUUGCCAGAACUGACUGAGGAACAUGACACUACAGAAAACCGGCCUGUUUUUGGAGGGACAUUCUAAUGCCAUUUUUCAUUGAGACAUGGUUGGUUCUUUAUACCCAAACUUUGCAUGGGACACUUUCUAGGAACGGGGGACUGAGAAAUCUUAAAAUGCGAUCCAGUUACCUAGGAGUCCAUUGUUUACCGCUACGUGGGGCUUGUAUUGAUUGUUAGGUAUUUUUCUUUUUUUUGUAUUUCAAUGACCUCUAAAUGUUAAUGGCCAGUGUAAACCUACCCCAUACCCCAUUUGACACUGACAAUAUUCUUCCUGGUCUUAUGUAUCUCUACUAAAUAGCGAUAUGAAAAACUUUUUAGCUUCUGCAGUACCAAGCAGCGCCUAUGCAAUUAAUCGUAAGAAUGGCACAACAGAUUGUGUGACUGUUUGGCAGGAUGGAGCUUUGGUGGUUUGGCUGUGGCCUAACAUCAGCUUGCAAAAAAUAUAUGCUCACAUCUGUUACUUUUUGGUAAAACGAUGAUGACUAUUCAGUCCAAGAAAUAGACCUGCGAUGUGUUGGAUCACAGUAGGAGUGUUAUCACCAUUGAAUGAUGUCAUUGUUUUCCUAUCCCCAAUAAUGUGACAUCAUGAGCAGAACUGGCACUGAAACCCCUUAAACAUGCUGCACUUUGAGCUCAGUCAGGCAUUGGCUGAGUUCAUGUUCUAUUUAUGCUAUUUAUGGACAUGGUCCCUUUUUGGUCACUUUUGAGUCACAAGAGAGCCAAAAUGGUGUUUUGAGAUCCAGAUUUCAGCCUCAAGUCUUGAAUCACCUGUCCCUCUUCCACUGAGGACAGUUUCUGUCCCAAGCCUGUCUGGGCCACAUGUGAAGGGAAUGGUCAUAUUUGCUGCAGGCAGUCAGAAACUGUGCCUUAUCUCAGAACUGCUCUUUCCAAGCAGUUGAGACCAUCUGCAAAGCGACCAAUCGGCUUCACUUAUGGUGGUUGUAAAACAUUCCUGAGAGAAAAUAUAAUGCUGUGUAUGUGUGGAGUAUUAAGUGAGAAAUGUGACCUUUUAUAAAUGAAGAAAUGACAUAGAGGAGCAAAAAAUGAGAAAAGCCAUUAUUUGUAAAGGCCAGUGUCUCAAUAGGUGUGGGAUGAAUAUACAGAAGAAUAGAAGGGGAAAAAAUGCUUAGCUGCACACAGUCUCUGUGUUGCAACAUUCUUGUUUACUUUUUGCCAUGACCUUACAGCCUCCAAUUUCAGCAAAAUUAUUUGAUGGCUCAUUCCAGAACUUUACUUAAGCAUUCCCCUGUUGUCUUCUUGUCCCUGCCUCUUUUAUGUGCUUGAGGCAGAGGGCUUUUUGCAUUUCUGCAGCAAUUUGUUUCUUUUCUUCAGGAGAAAGGUAUUGGUAGCUGAAGGUUACCUCGCCCAUAUAAAAACUAUUUAUGAGUUUGUUGCAUCACACUAGAAAAAUACAAUAAUUGGGCCUCAUUCACAAAACAUUCCUCCGAAGAGAUUUGGUCAUCAACUGUGCUUACAAACCUUUUCAUGAACAUUUCGAAAUUCAUAAUUUUUUCUUAUCUGAAUUUGUCCUUUGGUACAAUCAAAAUCUAUGUGUGUUUGGAAACAUGCUUAAAAGCAUAUAUGCAGUAGAUGUUUAUACUUAGAAUGAUUUAAUAUUUG